AUGGUGAAUGGUAGUGAGGGUUUGGCUGAUAGCAGGAGAGGCGAUGCGAAUGGACAAUAUCGAUCAAAUUCAAGAAGGAAGAGAUCCUAUCGGAUUCAACCUAUUACUAGCAAGACCUUAUUCGAGUUCAUCAUCAUCUCUUCCCACGCCGCUGUUUCACUACACUCCCUGGUGAUCCUCUCUUCCAUCAUCAUCUCCGCCAUGCUAGGACUUAUCAAUUACGAGGCGGUGAUCUAUCUGUGGCACGUCGACAAGGUUGACUUCUGCAUUUGCGUAGGCGCAUAUUCGGGAGUUGCCUUCGGUAGCGUUGAAAUUGGAUUAGUCAUCGCGGUUUCAAUCUCCGUGAUGAGGGUUUUGCUCUUCGUUGCGAGGCCAAGGACUACUGUGCUCGGCAGCAUCCCCAACUCGAUGGCAUAUCGAAGAGUCGAUCAGUAUCCUGCGACACAAAGUGUUCUUGGAGUCCUCAUCCUUGGCAUCGAUACUCCAAUAUACUUUGCCAAUGCAAGCUACUUGAGAGAAAGGAUAUCGAGGUGGAUUGAUGAAGGGACAGAGAACCAAGGGGGAGACUUUUUUACAAUAGUUGAUCUGGGACUUGGGUGGUAAUUAGCUCAAAAACAUGAGGUGACC